GUAUGGCCACUGAAGUUGUUUCAAAACCAGUGAUGGAAAAUAUGCAUGAUGGGUUUAGUGACGACAAUGAUGAUAAACCUUUAGUGUUCAAGAGAAGUGUUAUAUCCUCCGAUGUUAAGGAUAGGGAGCAGUCACACAGAGAAGAUUCUGAGGAUGAUAGAAAAUCGAUUGCGCCAAAAGAGGCUCCGUCCUCUUCACGGCAGGUCACACCACAGCAACUAGAAGAAAAGAUCAGUGGCAGCCCUACUUUGGAUAAGCCAAGAUGCAAAAUCACUAAAGAUGACGACUCAGAUGAUGAAGCUCCACUAUCGUCAAGGUUUCAAAAUAAGAAGAAUGGGAUUUCAGGUAGCAAACAAGACUCUACUGAUGAAAAGAAACCAUCGGUUAAGAAGAAGAAGAAGAAGUUGCAGAAUGGUUCCACACUUGAAAACGAAGUCCCCAAGGUAUCUGGUAAGAGACUUCUGGAGAAGGGAUGUUCUGAAGAUCAAUCUUCCAUGAAGAGGCCCAAGGUAUCAUCAUCUUCAGCUGCAGUGAAACAAGAUUCUGCUAAAACCAAAAAUUCAGGUGAAAAGAGGAAGGCUUUGGUAUCACCUAAACAAAUCCCUGCUAAAGAAGACAAAACUGAUGAUGAUGAUGAUGAUGAUGAUGAUGAUGAUGAUGAUGAUGAUGUUCCAAUUGCCAAGAGAAUCAAGCCAGGUAAUAAAAAACCAUCUGAAAAGCCUAAAGUAGUAAAACAGAGUUCUAGUUCAUCAACAAGGAAGCCCAGAGUGACCAGGAAGGAGUCUAAGUAUGCUAUGUCUUCAAAAUCCUUACCUACUGGCGAUGGGAAAAAGAAAUGGACUACUUUGGUGCACAAUGGUGUCACUUUUCCACCACAUUAUGAGCCUCAUGGGGUCAAGAUUCUAUAUAAGGGGAAGCCAGUCAACUUAUCUCCUGAGCAAGAAGAGGUUGCAACGAUGUUUGCUGUGAUGAGGGAGACGGAGUAUUACAAUAAACCUCUGUUUAGGGACAACUUCUGGAAUGAUUGGCGAACAUUACUUGGCAAGAACCAUCAAGGGGAGCUAUAUAUGUGGGCUAUUAUUGAUGGUGUCAAAGAGAAGGUUGGGAAUUUCAGGGUCGAACCUCCUGCUUUAUUCAGAGGUAGAGGAGAACAUCCUAAGAUGGGGAAACUGAAAAAGCGUAUACAUCCUCGUGACAUCACUUUGAAUCUCGGGAAAGAUGCUCCUAUCCCUGAAUGUCCCAUCCCUGGUGAAAGAUGGAAAGAAAUAAAGCAUGAUAACACAGUGACCUGGAUAGCUUUCUGGAAUGAUCCUAUUAACCCAAAACACUUCAAGCAUGUUUAUCUAGCACCUAGCAGUUCCCUGAAAGGCCAAAGCGACAAGGAGAAGUACGAGAAAGCUAGGAAGCUUAAGGACCACAUAGAAAGUAUAAGAGAAACAUACACCAAGAAUUUUACUGCUAAGGAUGUUUCAAAGCGACAGAUAGCUGUGGCUACCUAUCUCAUCGAUAUGUUGGCACUUAGAGCUGGUAAUGAGAAGGAUGAUGAUGAGGCGGACACUGUUGGCUGCUGUACAUUAAAAGUAGGAAAUGUCGAGUGUGAUCCUCCAAAUAAGCUAAAGUUUGACUUUCUUGGUAAAGAUUCAAUCCAAUAUGUGAAUACGGUAGAGGUCGAGCCUCUUGUUUACAAAUCCAUUGGACAGUUCCAGGCUGGUAAAUCCAAAUCAGACGAUCUUUUUGAUGAGUUAGACACAAGCAAACUGAAUGCUCAUCUUAAGGAGCUUAUGCCUGGUCUCACAGCUAAAGUGUUCCGUACAUACAAUGCAUCCAUCACGUUGGAUCUAACGUUGAGGAAAGAAACUAGAGAUGGUGAUGUUAACCAGAAAGUUGUUGUUUAUCAGCAAGCAAACAAGCAGGUAGCCAUAAUUUGUAAUCACCAACGUACUGUCUCAAAGUGUCACGGUGCACAAGUCCAGAAAUUGGCUGGAAAAAUUCAAGAAGUCAAGGAGGGUCUUAAGAAACUUGAAACCAAUCUCAAGAGGGCUAAAAAGGGGAACCCUCCAUUGGAUGGUUCAGAUGGAAAGAAAACGAGAAACAUAACUCCAGAAGCGUGGGAGAAGAAGAUAGGUCAACAGAUGAUGAAGGCAGAGAAAAUGGAACGAGACAUGCAGACAAAGGAGGACUUGAAAACCGUGGCGCUUGGCACGUCUAAGAUCAACUACAUGGAUCCUAGGAUCACGGUCGCUUGGUGCAAACGCCAUGAAGUUCCCAUUGAAAAGAUAUUCAACAAGUCUCUCCUGGAGAAAUUUACGUGGGCAAUGGACGUUGAACCCGACUUCAGAUUCUAAUAUGCAGAAAGCCUGAUAGUUCCUGAGACAGAGCAGAAAGACUCACCACGGGACAGCAUAAUGCUCUGCUCCAACCUGUCUUCUCUUGGAACAUUUUGUUUCUCUUUUAACCGAUCAUUUAACAGUGUAAAUUCUUGGAUUUUUUUCGAAUGUAAAUUCUCUAAACUUUUAUCAUUCCUUCAAUGCAAUCCAUUUUUCUCUUUA